AUGGCACAGCAUAUCAAGCCAGUGGAAGAGUUAGUCUGUGAAGCUGUUGCAGCUUUUGAGAAGCGGUUUGGAGUCAAACCAAGUGUAGCAGCAAAGGCUCCUGGCCGAGUCAACCUUAUUGGAGAGCACACAGAUUACAAUGAUGGAUUUGUGUUUCCUAUGGCGCUGCCCAUGGUUACAGUUAUAGUAGGCAACCCAACAGCUUCUGGGACUUGUUGUAUAGAAACACUUGCAGCAGGUGUCGACCACAAGUAUGUGGAGUUUCCUGUCAGUCAGCUGAAGCCAGGCACCCCCAAGUGGUGCAAUUAUGUGAAAGGAGUGGCUGCUCAGAUGCCAGGUUGGUGGCCAUGUUUCCUCAGAAUGCAUGUUUUCAUAACUACAUCAGUGCCAUUGGGAGGUGGAGUCAGUAGCUCGGCAUCCAUGGAAGUUGCUGCCUACACAUUUUUGGAGCAAAUCAUGUUAGGAGCAGUUAAUGGUACAUCCCUAACUGACAAGAUACUCAGAUGUCAAAAGGCGGAGCAUGAAUUUGCUGGCAUGCCAUGUGGCAUCAUGGACCAGUUUAUUUCUAUGAUGGGGAAAGAUGGCCAUGCAUUGCUUAUAGACUGCAGAGCCCAACAAGGGCGGCUGGUUCCAAUGUCGGAUCCUUCAGUUGUUGUCUUGGUGACCAACUCCAAUGUCAAACAUGAACUCUCCGGGUCAGAAUAUCCAACCAGGCGCAAACAGUGUGAGACAGCUGCUGAAGCUCUUGGUGUUAACAGCUUGAGAGAUGCGACAGAACUGCAUUUAGAAGAACAGAAGAAAGCACUUGAUGAAGAAACUUACAGCCGAGUGAAACAUGUUGUAUCGGAAACUCGGAGGACAGUAGAAGCUGCCACAGCUCUUGAAAAUGGGGACUAUAACACAUUUGGCAACCUGAUGGUUGCUAGUCACAUUUCACUUAGGGAUGAUUAUGAAGUUUCUUGCAAGGAACUUGAUGACCUGGUUGACUUUGCGCUGGAAAUGAAACCUGAAGGUGUUUUUGGGUCGAGAAUGACGGGCGGUGGUUUUGGAGGCUGUACAGUGACCCUGGUGAAAACAUGUGCUGUAGAAUCAGUCAUUGCUCAUAUUGAUAGCAAGUAUAAGGCAACGGGAAAUACUGCAACUUUUUACAUUUGCCAACCUUCAGACGGUGCUAGCCGGGUCAGCUUGCACUAG